GAGCACAGAUGCAUCUAAUCGUCACCGUCCACACAUCUUAGAUGCGAGACAGGAUAUGGAACUAGGUGCUUCAUAUGGCUUAGCUUCUGGUCAGGCUGUAGCCAAUGGAGAUCACCCGCUGGUGAAUGGGACUGAGCAUAGCUCUCAGGUCAUCACUGGUGACAAAGCUGACCUAAGAAAGAACCCUGGGCGGUACUCCAACAGGCAAGCCCAGUCAGAGGUGAUUUUACCAAGUGAAGUCCAGAGAAGGAUGACCUUGGCCAAUGUCAAAGAAAAGGGUUAUGCUCGACUUUUGACGGAACUGAUGAAAGCACAGAAGGAGCUGGAGUUGAAAGAUGAAGAGGUGGAUGAGCUGAGAGGGAUCAGGGAGAGGUUGAUGAAGGAAGUCAGUGACUUCACGGCUGCUCUAUUUGAGGAAGUGAACUCACAGUUGAACCAGGCAGCACUCAGUGAGCAGCAAGCGAGGAGACAGUUGAAGGAGGCCAAUGAAAAGAUUGAGGUUCUUAGUGCCGAAGUGGCAGCACUAAAGAACUUGGUGCUGACCUCGACACCCAGCAGCCCAAACAAACAUCUGCACCCACAGAUUGACAAUUCCAACAAGAAAGAAAAAGGAGGGAAACCAUUUUGGAAAACUCAUCGACGAUCAACUAGCCAUCACCAGCUGACCAAGGAGUCCAAAGAAAAGGAAGAAGCCAACGAACAUCAUUCACUUUUGAAAGAGCUGGACACCAUUGCCUUUGAGGAGUUUAAGAGAUGGCGUCUGCAGCCAACCAUGGAAUUUAGUGGCCAGUAUUUUUCUAGAGUGCAUCAAGAGGAUAUCCAGCCUUGUUUAAACUUCAAAAAUACAAGACUGGCAGAGAAAAUACUAGAAGGUGUCCGAGAGAACUCCUUAUCAAUUGAACCAAUCCCUGGAGACCACUCGUAUCCCAGGAAGUGCUCCCUGUCUGAGAGUCACAAGUUGUGCAACUACAAGAUCAAGUUUGAGGGAGAUGACCAGUGGUAUUCUAUAUCACAGAUGUCUCGCAACAGGAUUGCUGCAGUGUGUGAUUUUUAUGCUUACCUUCGGUACAUUGUACAGGGCCUGGUCAAGUGUUCAG